AUGGUCUCAUCCAAUAUCCUCAUCGCUGCUCUUGGAGCCCUUCCCCUCGCAUUCGCCGGAUACUACGACGCAGCAAACGCCACAAGCAUCCGGCCUGCCACCCCCACAGGGACAGCAAGUCCAUCAGUAGCAACAGUAGCAGUUGGACAAAACGGCCUCACAUUCACCCCCGACACAAUUCACGCUGAAGUCGGCUCCGAAAUCGUCUUCCAGUUCUUCCCCAAGAACCACUCCGUUGUCCAGGCGGACUUCAACAACCCCUGCAACCCAGCUGCCGAUGGUGGUAUCUUCAGUGGCUUUGUUCCUAGUGCCCAGGGUGCUGCUGAGCAAACUUUCAAGAUCACAGUUGAGGACGAGAAGCCAAUCUGGCUGUACUGCUCAGCCCUUCUUCCUAGGCCUCACUGUGCUCAGGGUAUGGUGGCCGUCAUAAAUCCUCCUGCACAUGGCCUGAACACCCUCGAUGCUUUCCGCCAGCUUGCCGCUGGAACGAACACGAGCACAUCUCCCACUGUUGUGAGCGGCGGACAGAUCCAGAGCGGGUCACCCACGCCUAGCAAUACGCCUAGCAGUACGACGGGAAUUAACCAACCUUCUGAGACUGGUGCUGCGUCUUCGUUGACAUGGAACAUGGGAGCCGUGGGUGGGGUUUUGGCAUUGGUGUUUGGACUUCUCGCAUAGUGUAGAUGGGAUGCUGUCUAUUGUAUAACAUGACAUGUACUAUCAGAAAACGGAUAAUUGUCUGAAAGCAAAAUGGGUAUCUAAUUUU